AUGAUAGACAAAUUAAUUAUUUAUAUCCGCAAUAAUAAUAAUAACAACAAGAACAACAACCACAAUAAUAAUAAUAAUAAUAUUAACAACAGUGGUGCCAACGGCAACUCAAAUAUUUUCCAUGACAUAGAAAUUAGCCAUGACCCAGUUAUUAAUAAGGACUUCGACCUAUUAAACAACCUCGACCUUAUAAACGGCCUUGAACUUUUGACCUUGAAACCAUCCGUGACCUUUCACCUCUACGUGUCGUCGUUGCCGUGUGGCGAUGCUGCCGUCUUCUCCAAGGACAAAUCAAUAAAGAUUAACAGCCUAAAUAACACUAGCAACAACAACAACAAUAAUAACAACAACAACAAUAAUAAUAACGACGGUGAUGAUGAAAACGAUGACGUCAGUGGUCCCGUCCUUCCGGAAAGCGCCGUUCACGGAUUGUUGAGGAGCAAGAUUGAAGCCGGGGAGGGGGCAAUCCCUGCGGACAUGUCAUUCAUCCAGACGUGGGUGGGCCUGAUGUUUGGCAACAGAUUGCGGACCAUGUGCUGCAGUGACAAGAUCAUGAAGUGGAACGUGGUGGGUCUGCAGGGGGCCCUUCUGUCACUCAUAGUCCGGCCCAUCUAUCUGGAGAGUGUGGUUUUAGGUGAAUUUGCGGCCACAAGCCACGCAAGCAGGGCUCUCUAUUACAGAAUCUUCAAAAGCAACAACAACAUAACGCAGCAGCAGCAGCUACUGCAGCUGCAACUGCCGCAACAACAUCGGCUGCAACAUCUGCUUCUUCAGAAGAGGUUUAGCGAGCCGCUGAUCAAUGCCCACGCGCUCUUUAGGACGUACAGCAACAGUUGCAUUGCCACGAAUGUCUGCAAAAGUAGCAACAACGUCAGUGGCAGCAGUUGCAACAACAUCAACGACAGCUGCAGUACCAGCACUAGCGGCCACAACAGCAUCAACAACAGCGUCAACAACGUCAGCAGCAGCCACAACAACAACCACAACCACAACACUGAUGAUGACGACGACGACGAUGACGACGACGAAGACGACGACGACGAUGGCACUAACAGUUCCGCCAGUAGCUACAACAGCUUCAGCAACAAUCUCCGCCUUGUCAAACGCUUCCAGCAGCAGCAGCAACAACAACAACAACAUCAACAGCAGAAAUUGAAAUACCAUCAUUUCUACCAGCAACAACAACAGCAACAACUCAUUAAAACGUGCUACCCCCUAUGCAAGGGCUUCAAGUUGACGUGCCCCAAAAUUCUCCAAACCAAUUUUGCUUACCUUUUUAAGCACCUGGAGACGGAGAAGUCGUCGGCUCUUGCCAUGUUGUGGUACAAGGGUAUGAGAAAGGUGGAGGUGUACGAUGGCACCACGGGCAACGGUCGAAAUACUUGCAUAUGCAAGAAAGAGCUGUUUGAGGAGUUCAAACGCGUUGUCCUAUUGGCUCUUAAUCACCAAACCAACAACAACAACGACAAAAACAUUAUUAGCAACGACAACAUCAACAACAACAUCAACAACAAUAUCAACAACAACAACAUCAACAAUUACAACCACAUUAGCAACAAUAAUAACAGCAACAGUAAUAAAAUCAAAGGCUUUGACGACAACGAUAUUAAUAAAGACCUCAUCAACAAAAACAUCAUCAACCACAACAACAACAAAGUAUCGAACAACCUCUGCAGUGGCAGAGACAGCAGCGACAGCAGCAACAACAGCAGCAACAACAACAGCAGCAACAACAACAGCAUUGAUGACGAUGAUAAUACAGUUGAUGUUGAUGUAUCCGACCCAUCAUCAUCAAUGACGUCAUUGUCGAUAUCGCUAUCGUCGUCAUCAUCUCUGUACGAAUUCUUAUCAUCGCCACCACUGUCGCCAUCAUCAUCGUCGUCGUCGUCGUCGUCAGCUUCUUACUUCACUUUUAAGCAGCAAGCCGAAACGUACCAGUGCAUCAAGAGAUUAUUCUUCGAUAGACUGAAGGAAUUGGGGCUUGGCGGAUGGAUAACCAAGCCGAAGGAAAUUGACUUUUUUGUUUAAAAGUAAAUUACGGAAAGAUUUGUGGAAAAAAUUGUUUUCUUUUUUGAUUAAAUCAGAGAAAAUUAUUAAUGUUAUUGGAAUAAUAAUAGUAGUAAACACGAAACAAUGUAUACAAUUUCUCAUUUCAUCUCGUCAUGUUUUUGUUAUGUAUUGUAUGCUGUUAAAUCGAUUCAUGUGUUUUUGUAUUUGUUUGUAUGUGCGUUAGUGUAUAUUUUGAUGAAUUUUGUAUGUACAUGUGUAUUGUAUUUGUCUGUUUGUUGUAUGCUUUGUAUAGAGUUAUAUGUUUAUGUAUGUAUAUAAUAUAUAUAUAUAUAUAUAUAUAUAUAUAUAUAUAUAUAGGCUAUCAUAAAUACAAUUAUUUAUAAAGAUCACUGCGAAUUUGAAUAUAUGUCUAUAUAUAGAACGAUUUGUUGUAUUUUCUUAUUUUACAAUUGUGAAUCUGAUAUAGUUAAGUUAAUAUAUAUAUAUUUAUAUAUAUAAUUAUAGUAUAUAUAUAUAAUUAUA